AUGCUGCCGCGUCGGCUCUGCAAUCGCUGCGGUGAAGGAAAGCCCGCCGUGAAGCGGCCUCGCAACGGACAACUUUUGUGCCGAACGUGUUUCUUCCACUUGUUUGAGGAGGAAGUGCAUGAAACGAUAGUGGCGGAGAAGCUUUUCGCGUCAGGCGACAUUGUGGCGUGUGGCGCAAGCGGGGGCAAGGACAGUACGGUUCUGAUGCAUCUCAUGAAGCUACUGAAUGAGCGUCAUGGGUACGGGCUGCGGCUCCUCCUGCUGAGCAUUGACGAGGGGAUCACCGGGUACCGUGACGAUAGCCUAAAGACGGUGCACCGCAACGCAGCGGAGUACAAACUCCCGCUGCGUGUGCUCUCGUACAAGGAACUGUACGGCUGGACAAUGGAUGAGGUUGUGAAGCUGUCAGGCUUACGCAAUAGUUGUACAUUUUGUGGUGUGUUUCGUCGACAAGCGCUUGAUCGUGGUGCGGCGUUGCUUGGGGCGACAAAGAUUGUGACAGGACACAAUGCCGAUGACUUGGCAGAGACAAUUCUAAUGAACAUCUUGCGCGCGGAUCUUCCACGUCUCUCUCGCUGCACAAGCGCCAUCACGGCUGGAGAGGGUCUCAUUCCUCGUGUAAAGCCCUUGAAGUACGCCUAUGAAAAGGAGAUUGUUCUCUACGCACAUCUCAAGAAUUUGGAUUAUUUUACCACGGAGUGCACCUAUAGCAGAGAGGCCUUCCGUAGUGAGGCGCGUAUGCUUCUGAAGGAGAUGGAGAUACUUCAGCCACGUUGUAUUAUAGACACCGUCCGCGCUGGGGAGCGGCUGCGUGUAAAGGAUCGGGAGUCUCUGCCUGAGCAUCCACAGGGCUACUGUGGCCGCUGCGGCUACGUCACAAGUCAGAAACUUUGCCGUGCCUGUGUGCUGCUGCAAGCGCUAAGUAGCGGUGAUCCCAUGGCGGCUGUGCGGGGGCAGCAGGAGAAACCCCAAGAGAAGAUGACCGCUUAA